CUUACAUGCACCAUCCCCGCAUGCUCCAUAUCCAUCUUGUCCUGGUCCUUGUGACGCGAUGUUCUCGGUCCAUCAGCAUCCUCUCGUCCAUGUUGCCUUAUCCUGCGCUCACAAGAGGGGGGUCUCAGUAGAUGUGCUGGAUGCAAACACAGUGGCUUCCUAGGAGGACACUUUGGUGGAAUUGGAACGAGGAGACUCCGAUUUUACGCACCACAAAUGCAGAUCACAUGCGUGCAUGUGUAAUAUUUCUAUGUAUUUAUUUUUCCUCCCGCUGUGGAGCAUGGAAGCUUUUUUUCCAUCAAGAUUAACCCGACCGGAUGUGUUAAGUUUUAUGUAAAAAAAAAAAAAAAAAAAAAAAAAAAAAGAGUGUGGGGGUGAUUCCCACACAUAAGCGCAAGCAAGGCAGCAUCAGUGGAUCUUCUCUUCUGCAUGCUAGAACCAGCACAAGCAGAUGUUGGUCUUAUUGCAGAAAUGAAAAGUACGUCAUUCAACCGCUGAAGACUCAACAACAAGUCCCAUGAACUAAACCUCCACAUGGAUUGAACUGAGAGGAAAAGCAAAGAUUGUCGUUGCACCAUGUUACUCUCUAAGACCACGCCAUCUUUCACUCCUUGUGUGCUCAUCUCAAUCCUGCUGCUCCUGCUUCCGGGCUUUACCCACGUGUCCCAAGGCAGUUCUGGCCAUGAAGACCCUGGCAGCUCACCGAGAAACUGCUCUAGCGAAGAUAACUGCUCUGACGGCGUCGUGCUUCCCAUGUGGAAUCCACAGAACCCCGUGGUGGGUGAUAAGGUUGCUCGUGCCAUUGUUUACUUUGCAGCGCUCAUAUACAUGUUUCUUGGCAUGUCUAUCAUCGCGGACCGCUUCAUGUCGUCCAUUGAGGUCAUCACAUCCCAGGAAAAGGAGAUCACCAUCAAGAAGCCCAAUGGAGAGACAACAACCACGACGGUACGAAUUUGGAACGAGACUGUGUCCAACCUGACUUUAAUGGCGUUAGGCUCCUCAGCCCCAGAAAUCCUGCUGUCUGUCAUUGAGGUGGUAGGUCAUAACUUUGAAUCGGGAUCUCUUGGACCGAGUACCAUCGUGGGCAGUGCGGCGUUCAACAUGUUUAUCAUCAUAGCUCUCUGCGUCUAUGUGGUGCCAGAAAAUGAGACUCGCAAGAUAAAGCACUUGAGAGUAUUUUUUGUCACCGCCGCCUGGAGCAUCUUUGCCUACAUCUGGCUGUACCUCAUUCUGUCCGUGUUCUCCCCUGGAGAGGUGGAGGUCUGGGAGGCAGUCCUCACCUUUCUCUUCUUCCCACUCUGUGUGCUACAAGCUUGGAUCGCCGAUCGCCGCCUGCUCUUCUACAAGUACGUCAACAGACGUUAUCGCGCCGACAAGAAUCGGGGCAUCAUCAUCGAAUCGGAGGGGGAUGCCAUGUUCACCAAAAUGGACUUGGAGAUGGACGGCCAGGGAGGCAACUCCCAUACUCAUCCUAAGGAGGCUCUGGAUGGCAUGUUGGAGGGGGUGGAGGAAGGCGGAGGGACGAGUGCGGAACAAGACCAGGAAGAGGAAGCCAGGAGGGAGAUGGCUCGCACUCUGAAAGAUCUGAAGCAGAGGCAUCCAGAGAAGGACAUGGAGCAGCUGAUUGAGAUGGCCAACUACCAAGUCCUGGUGCAACAACAGAAGAGUCGGGCCUUCUACCGCAUCCAAGCCACACGCAUGAUGAUCGGAGCUGGAAACAUCCUGAAAAAACAUGCUGCUGACCAGGCCAGGAAAGUGGUGAGCUGCCAUGAGGCCACCGGACAAGAAGAGGACCCCAACACCAUCUACCUGCAAUUUGACCCCUCCCUCUACCAGUGCUUUGAGAACUGUGGCUCCUUGAAGCUCUCAGUAAGCCGCCAUGGAGGAGAGAGCGGCUGUACAGUGAAGGUGGACUACCGCACGGAGGAUGGAACCGCCAACGCCGGCUCAGAUUAUGAGUUCGCCGAGGGGACUUUGGUCUUCAAGCCCGGCGAGACCACAAAAGAGUUCACUGUCGGCGUUAUCGACGACGACAUUUUCGAGGAGGACGAGCACUUCUACGUGCGCCUCAGCAACCCCCGAAUAGUGCACCGAGCUGAGGUGUCCGUCCUGGAGCCGCGCUCCAUCUCCUCCAGCAACAGCAUGGUGGGCAACGCCUCCCACACCCCGCCCAAAGCCGCUCUGGGCAGCGCUCAUACCGCCACUGUCACCAUCUAUGACGACGACCACGCCGGCAUCUUCACGUUUGAGAGCAGCUCCACCAGGAUCAGUGAGAGCGUCGGAAACAUGCAGGUCAAGGUUCACCGGACGUCCGGAGCAAGGGGGAAAGUAGCGGUGCCUUACCACACGGUCGAGGGCACCGCCAGGGCCGGUGAGGACUACGACGAAGUUUGCGGAAAGCUGGAGUUUCAGAACGACGAGACCAUGAAGCUGCUUAAUGUGAAGAUCAUCGAUGAUGAGGAGUAUGAGAAGAACAAGACUUUCAACAUUAUUUUGGAGGAGCCCAUUCUGCUGGAAGUGGGACAAAGACAUGGAGACACCAAUGAUAACAAGACACCGAUUGGUCCAGAGGACGUGGCAAAGAUGGGCUGCCCAUGCCUGGGGGAGCAUACCAGCCUAGAGGUGGUCAUUGAGGAGUCUUAUGAGUUUAAGAGCACGGUUGACAAGCUGAUUAAGAAGACUAACCUGGCUCUGGUGGUGGGGAGCAGCAGCUGGAGGGAACAGUUUGUUAGUGCGGUCACUGUCAGUGCAGGUGAUGAUGAUGAGGAAGAGAGCGGCGAAGAGCGGCUGCCCUCCUGCUUUGACUACAUAAUGCACUUCCUGACAGUUUUCUGGAAAGUCCUAUUCGCUUUCGUCCCGCCCACCGAGUACUGGAACGGCUGGGCCUGCUUCUUCGUCUCCAUCUCCUUAAUUGGCGUCCUGACAGCUGUAACCGGGGACCUGGCCUCUCAUUUCGGGUGCACUGUUGGGCUGAAGGACUCAGUGACCGCCGUGGUGUUCGUGGCCCUGGGCACGUCUGUCCCAGACACUUUUGCGAGUAAAGUGGCGGCCAUCCAGGACCAAUAUGCUGACGCAUCGAUCGGCAACGUGACGGGCAGCAACGCAGUCAACGUGUUCUUGGGCAUAGGGGUGGCGUGGACCAUCGCCGCCGUUUACUGGAAAAGCAAAGGCAAGAUUUUCCAGGUAAACCCGGGCUCUCUAGCCUUUUCCGUCACCCUCUUCACCAUCAUGGCGCUGGUGUCCGUGGUAGUGCUGCUCUACCGCCGCCGACCUGCCAUAUCGGGCGCGGAGCUCGGUGGCCCACGGACAGCCAAACUCCUCACCUUCUUCCUCUUCCUCUCCAUGUGGUUUAUUUACAUCCUCCUGUCCUCCCUGGAGGCCUACUGUCACGUGCCUGGCUUCUGAAGGUCCACAAGCAGACCCUCUCUUUUUACGUGUUUUUGUUUCUAUACUUUCACAAAUUACAUUUGCUGCCAACGCCUAAAUUACACUUCUAUUUUUCUUUUUUCAUCAUUUCCGCUCGGAUAUCCAAAACAUAUAUCUCCCCUCUGUGUAAAGACCUUUUAUUAGUUUAGUUUUGUAUGAUAUGACUUUAUAAACAAUGGAGAGCACGGAAUGGCAUACUGUAAGUCAUACAACAGGAAAGAUAGAAGAAAGGGGUGUGACUAUAAAACAAACAUUGAUAUGUAUUACUCAAGCUUUACAUUAAAUAUUCAUGGUAUAUCAUGUGACAGAUGAACAUUGUGUGUGCGGGUUUUGUGAACGAGUAUAGUUUUCUUUUUUGCACGCCGAUAAAGAGUUUCUUGGAAAUCUGUUUUAUAGUACAUUAUGUAAUGUUUGGACAAUGGUGUGUUGGUGUGCUCCUGUAAUGUGAAUAUCAGCAGUGAUCUGGCAACACUCGGUCAUCAGUGCCAUGUUUGAUAUAGCCAUAUAGUGCAAAUACAUUUUAUAAAAGGGCAGAGUGCCUGCUUUAAAUUGUGUUCACAAUUUAAGGGUGUUUACAUUUGCGUGUGUGUGGGCGUUGAAUCAAACUUUCCAUAAAUAUUCCAGAUGUUUGGUGACACUUUAUAUUUAUUAUCUGUCACACUGGCACUGUGAACAUUAGCAAAUAUCAUGUCUUUUGGAAAAAGCACAGGUCCAUUUUUGCAACGAGUUUAAGCACAAUAAAGGAUUGUUUGACGGACAUGAGACGUGCCGGAACAGAAGACUAAAUGUACGACCUGGGUGUUGUAUGAAAUAGUUUUUUUAAAUUUAAUUUGUAAAGCCAUAUUUACAAUAAUACUGUCAACAGAAGUGUUUGAUUUCAACAUAUUGAUAUGCAUGUUUAAUGUAUAAAAAUGGAAAUAAAUGUUGGUCAUUUAUG